UCGUGCGGCUAUUCCCAUGUGCUAUCUAGCCAGUAUCCAAGGUUAGGUUAGGUCGAGUUGAGUUAAGUUAUCCUCGGCGCUCGCGGAAGCGGAAUUGGAAUUGGAGAAUGGAUGGAAUGGGGACUAAUGUGUUGGCGGAAAACAGGCGAAUGGCCCAUCUUCUUUCUUUUUUUUUUUUGCCCUUUUUCUUUUUUGGCGCGAGCUGCCCGACGGGACGGACUGGCAGACGGACAGGGUGUUUCGCGCGGACACGUAUUAUAUACGAUACGCGGCGAUGGAUACGACUGGGGGUCAAGUCAAAUACGUGGUCUUACAUCGUGGUCCCAUGUGCUCUUUCGCCUCCAUCUGUCUGUCUGUCCUUCAUUCAACCUUAUCUUACCCUGCCUUACCGUGCCUGACAUGACACUACAUUACAUCGUCGAUAGAUGCCCAGCUUCGCUAGCUAUGCCUGCUAGCUAGCUAGUAGCGCCGGGGGUCGACGGAUGAGAUGGGGAAACCUGGUUGCGGAGGCACCCUUUGGGGUUUGUCGAGUAGACUGGACUUUUCUAGUCUCACGCCCGGUGCUGAGUACGGGGAGGCGAGAAAGGCCAAAGAGGAGUAGAUAGAUAGAUGGACGAUGUAUAUACGAUCUGGUAGACUAGGUAUUUACCUAAUUCUACCAAAUGCAAUAAGACGAGUCAGAACCAGAAGACUCGAGUACCGUAUGUAAGUCUCGAAAUUGCCACAGUUGAAUAUGUGUGGG